CGGCGGCGGAGGCGGCGGUGGUGGUAGGCGGAGGCGCGGCGGGCGCUGCCGCCGGUGCGGGCAGAGCUGCGCGCCGCGGCCGCGCGAGUGGAGGCCGGGGUUGCCCCGUCCCUGCCCGCCGCUCCCUUCAUGAGUCGCAAGUUCGGGCCGGGAGGAGCAGCGGCGGCGGCGGGGCGGCGGGAGCCCGGCUGGGCGGGCGGCACCGACUGAGCAUGGCCGAGCGGCGCGGGCCGGCGGCGAGCGGCGGCGGGGAAGUUGGCGGCGGGGAAGUUGGCGGCGGGCGGCGGGCGGGCUGCGGCCGGUGCCCGCGGCUGCCGCCGCCGCUGCUGCCGCCGCUGCUGCUGCUGCUGCUGUGGGCGGCGGCGCUGCCGGCCGGGGGCCAGCCGCCGGCGCCGCAGUACAACGGCGAGCGGGGCAUCUCCAUCCCGGACCACGGCUAUUGCCAGCCCAUCUCCAUCCCGCUCUGCACCGACAUCGCUUACAACCAGACCAUCAUGCCCAACCUGCUGGGCCACACCAACCAGGAGGACGCGGGGCUGGAGGUGCACCAGUUCUACCCGCUGGUGAAGGUGCAGUGCUCGGCCGAGCUCAAGUUCUUCCUCUGCUCCAUGUACGCGCCGGUGUGCACCGUGCUGGAGCAGGCCCUGCCGCCCUGCCGCUCCCUCUGCGAGCGGGCUCGCCAGGGCUGCGAGGCCCUCAUGAACAAGUUCGGCUUCCAGUGGCCCGACACGCUGCGCUGCGAGAAGUUCCCGGUGCACGGGGCCGGCGAGCUCUGCGUGGGGCAGAACGCCUCCGAGCGCGGCACACCCACGCCCGCCCUGCGCCCCGAGAGCUGGACCAGCAACCCCCACCGCGGCGGCGGCGGCGCUGGGGGCUCGGGGCCCGGCGAGCCCCGCGGGCGCUUCUCCUGCCCGCGGGCGCUGAAGGUGCCCUCCUACCUGAACUACCGCUUCCUGGGGGAGAAGGACUGCGGGGCGCCCUGCGAGCCCGGCCGCCUCUACGGGCUCAUGUACUUCGGGCCCGAGGAGCUGCGCUUCUCCCGCACCUGGAUCGGCAUCUGGUCCGUGCUCUGCUGCGCCUCCACCCUCUUCACCGUCCUCACCUACCUGGUGGACAUGAAGCGGUUCAGCUACCCCGAGCGGCCCAUCAUCUUCCUCUCGGGCUGCUACACGGCGGUGGCCGUGGCCUACAUCGCCGGCUUCCUGCUGGAGGAGAGGGUGGUCUGCAACGAGCGCUUCGCCGAGGACGGCUCCCGCACCGUGGCGCAGGGCACGAAGCGGGAGGGCUGCACCAUCCUCUUCAUGAUGCUCUACUUUUUCGGCAUGGCCAGCUCCAUCUGGUGGGUCAUCCUCUCCCUCACCUGGUUCCUGGCCGCCGGCAUGAAGUGGGGCCACGAGGCCAUUGAGGCCAACUCCCAGUACUUCCACCUGGCCGCCUGGGCCGUGCCGGCCAUCAAGACUAUCACGAUCCUGGCCCUGGGGCAGGUGGAUGGAGAUGUCCUCAGCGGCGUCUGCUUUGUGGGCAUCAACAACGUGGAUGCCCUGCGGGGCUUCGUGCUGGCCCCCUUGUUCGUCUACCUGUUCAUCGGCACCUCCUUCCUGCUGGCCGGCUUUGUGUCCCUCUUCAGGAUCCGGACCAUCAUGAAGCAUGACGGCACCAAGACGGAAAAGCUGGAGAAGCUCAUGGUGAGGAUAGGCAUCUUCAGCGUCCUCUACACGGUGCCGGCCACCAUUGUCAUUGCCUGCUAUUUUUACGAGCAAGCUUUUAGGGAACAGUGGGAGAGGAGCUGGGUCACGCAGAGCUGUAAGAGCUAUGCCAUCCCCUGCCCCAACAACCACAGCAGCCAUCACCCACCCAUGAGCCCUGACUUCACCGUCUUCAUGAUCAAGUAUCUCAUGACCUUAAUCGUGGGCAUCACGUCGGGCUUCUGGAUCUGGUCUGGGAAAACCCUGAACUCCUGGAGGAAGUUUUACACCAGGCUCACCAACAGCAAGCAGGGCGAGACCACCGUCUGAGACCCCUGCCCGCUGGGCCAGGGGGGUGGCGGGUGGGUGGGAUGGCAGCCGGAGGACCGGGGCUCUGCCUUGGGAAGCAGCUCCUUGUCCAGCCAGGGCAGACUUUGGGGACCGCGACUCGCAGCCGCAGGCGGCGGGGGGCGGAGGACGAGCCAGGUGGGGACCCCCGCCCCGGGGCGCCCGGCUCUGCCCUCCCGGCACCGCUCGGGCCGGCUCCGGUAGGAACUGAACACUGUCAGGUUGGGGGAGAGGGAUGUAAAUAGCCUCUGUAAGAUUUUGUAAGUAUAUUUGUAUUUAAAUUACAAAAAUCUCACAUUUUUAAUUAUGUAGGACACUUUUUACCAGUUUGCGGAUUUUGCUUCUUCCCUCCCCCCCCCCUUUUUUUUAUUUAAAAAAAAAAAAAAAAAAAGGCGUUGGAUUUUUAUUUCGUAGGGCAGGAUGGGAAAAACUGCCGGUAAGAGAAACCAAAACAAACCCCUUUCUUCUCCCCCACACAGGUUUUGUAAUGGCUUUGCUUGGAGUUUCAGUUGCAUGAGCAGCAGGGCCCGGAGCGCGGCUGCCGGGGGCGCCGCCUGACGCGGGCUGGGGCUGGGCCGCGGCCCCGGCCUGCCGGAGGUAUGUGGAGGUGGGGCUGGGGCUGGGGAGGAGCGCCACUUCCCGCCCCGGCCCCGCGGGGGGACGGACCCCCGCCCGGGCCCACACGGCGGAGGGCAGCCGGCCGCCCGGGCCUGGCGCAGGGACGGCGCUGCCCCUGGCUUCGGCCGGCCGCGGCGGAGCCGGGCCCCGCUGACCCCGGCGGGCGCCGCCGGAGCCCUGUGAGGGGGUAGAAGCGACACCCAGCGCGGCCCGCGGUGCGCCCGGCGUUUCCGAGGGCCCAGAGCCGCGCCCGGCGGCCCCGGCCGCCCUCGGCCGGUUUUACGGCAUGUGUUUGGGUGCACCGGACAGCUGGAGGGGAGCUGGCCCGCAGGAGUUGAGGCUGCACGCCGCCUGCACCUGUAGCACGUCCGACGGCUCGGGCGGCGGCCGGGGAGGUAGAUGCACCGAACUUGCCCGACGCCGUGUUCCGCGGGGCCGGCCGGCACCCCCGGGCGCUGCCCCGCCGCCCCCCCCCCCCCCUCGCCGGGCGGGCCGCGCUGGGUGGGCAGGGGCAGGAACGGGCUCAGCAAAAAGCUCGUCAUCGGGGCAAAACGUUGUAUUCAGGUUUUAUUACCACCCCCACCCCCCUUUAAUUGGAUCCAUGAGCGCUGGCUCUUCAUUUGGGAAACGGUGGAGCGGUUGCCAUUCCCCUGAAUUUUUACUCAUUACGCACUAUGAGGGUGUGAUGAUUUUUGCCAGUAGUAAAAACGAAGGAAGGGAAAAAGAAAACCGGAAUGUUUCAGCACUCUGGUGGGAUGCGAGACCUCAAAGAGCCUCUGUUGUCUUUUUUCCCCUCUUUUUGUCGGUACAGUAAUAACAUUACAUACUAUACUGCAGAGAUAAGAUACCAUGUGUGCAGUAUAUCUGCUACCUUGUAUGCUCCUGGGUGUGUGGGAUUGUGCUUCUUAAUAAUAAUUAAAAAAAAAAAGGUUAAAAAUGAAAUUGUAACUUUUGACAGAUGCAUUUGAAUAUUUAGUCCUCUGUAUGAAAAACAGCAGAAUGCUUCUCUCCUGAUUGUAUUGUUUUAAACUUUUUUUUUUAUAUACAAAUGCCUGUAUUUAGGUUCAUAAACAUUAUCUAUGGCUACCAUACCCUGAAAUGCAAAAUUAUUUGAAUUUGGUAUGCAUUUAUUUCUGUUCAUUAUCACAAGAUCAUCUAUAUUUAUAGAGGAAUAGAAAUUUAUAUAUAUUAAAUACCAUAUUUUUAAUUUCUCUGAAAUAAAUUGAGGUUUUGUACAAAA